UCCGGCGCGCGCUUCAUGGCCGUUGCGGAACUGCCAGGCCUGCGCGCGUGGCGGUUGCCAAGGCCCGGCGGCGGCCGUUGCCAAGGCAACCAACGGCGCGACUGGUGGCGGCGGCGGCGGCGGCGCCGUCCUGGGUCCAAAAGCGGGGAGCCGGUCCUUUCCGGGGGCGCCAUGAACUCCCCGGAGGGCGGCGACAGCAGCAGCGGGGGCAGCAGCAGGGCCAGCGGCGGCGGAGGUGGUGGCGAAGGCGGCGGCAGCAGGGCCAGCGACUCCACCGUCUCCACCGCCUCGGUUCUGGCCGAUCUCGACUGGGACGAUGGGUUCGCCAUCCCCGUGGCCAACGAGGAAAACAAGAGGCUGGAGGAAAAGCUUCAGAGUUUGCAGAAGGAAAAGGUCAGCUUGGAAGAUCAGGUGACUGACUAUGAAGAACGAAUUACAGCAAUGACAGCACACUUGAAGAACGUCAAGCAGGAGUUUAAUCUGACACAGUCUCUUUCCAGAGCCAGAAAGAAUGAAAUUGAAACCGAGCAGCACUUUAAAGCCAUUGCAGAGAGAGAACUGGGACGCCUGAAGAGCGAGAUUCAAAGGCUGGAGAAUGAGAUGGUUUCAUUAAGGCAGAAGAAAAUGAGUCAAGAAAACAAUGUCUUCAAAUGGACUCAGAAGCUGGAAGCCUUAAAAAACCAAAUGAAUUGGGACCAGCAGACAUUGGAGGCUUGGAUAGAAGAGUCUGCUCGUAAAGACAAUGAUGCCCUGGUGAUCGAGAAAUACUCCCAGCAAGAUGAAGGCAAAUUGAGAGCACUGACUCUGAAGAUCGAGAUGCUGACUGUGGACUGUAAUCACAGGCGCAAAAUUCUUGACAAUGAGCUGACUGAAACGCUUGCUGCUCAGAUUGAGUUGGAUAAGGCAGCUGAAGAUUUCCGCCGGGUUCAUCACGAUCGGCAAGAGCUUAUCAAACAGUGGGAAAACACCAUAGACCAAAUGCGGAAAAGAGAUCAAGAAAUCGACAAUUGUGGCUUGCUCUUAGCCCAGGCCAGACGAGCAAUCCGAGCCAAGGAAAGCGUGCUUAAAGACAAGAUCCAGUUUCUGGCCAACGAGAGCGGCAACAACAUGGAGUACGAGAAGAGAAUUGGCAUAGCCGAUCGGCUGGCUACCAAACUGAGGGCAGAAUACCAAAAAGAGGAGGCUAAUCGGACCCAGCUGCAGGACGAGCUGGAUAUUCUGAAAGUCACUGUGGAUGGGACUGCUUCUGAACUAGAAAUGAUGAGAUCCUCUGUAGCGAACCUCAAGAAGGAAAUCCAGGAGAAGACUUUCAGGCUAAACUCCACUAAGGACCAGAACGAGAGCCUGUCAAAGAAGCUGAAAUCUGUGACAGAUAACGCAUUGACAUCAGAAGAGAAAGCAGCCCGGAUGGAAGAGAUGCUGAAAGAGAAGGAGAGAACCAACAAGGAAAAAGAAACACUGGCGUUGCAGAUGCGAGAAGCUCACUUCAAGAAAACCCAGGAGUUACAAGAAAUGAAGGAAAGGGAGAAGGGCCUCAUCGCUGAAAUCAAUGGACGUCGGGGGCUGAUGAAAAACCUCCACAGCCGCUUAGGCCGGCUGGAUGCUGAGACUCUCAAACAACAAGAAAUCAUGUAUAUUCAGGAUUUUUACAUUCAGCAAGUGGAGCGCAGGCUGUCACGCCUAAAGGGGGAGCUUAACACAGAUGAGAGGCAGCUCUUAGAAGCAAAACUUACGGAGCUUACGAAGAUUGUGGACGAGAAGAGACGUUCCUAUAACGUUCUGCAAGCCCAGCGGAAGAAACUUCAGAGUGACAUGCACUUUAUCAACUUGUCAAUGAAUAAGACGGGAGAAGAAAUGGCCGGCCUGAAUACCAGAGUGAACGAACUAAACCUUUUCAUUGACAAAUCAGAGAAGUUACUAAAAAAAGCCAGAGCGGAUAAGCAGGAUUUGAUGAUUGAAGACAACCUCUUGAAGCUGGAACUGAAGCGUGUCAGGAAUAUGCUGUAUAACAAAGCAGAGAAAGUCCUGUCUCUGGAGAAACGCAAGCAACAGCUGAGAACGGCAAUGGAAGAAAGGAUGGCGGAGAUCAAAGUCCACAAGGCCAUGCUCGAGAGCCAGAUCAGAAUUGCAGAGCAGGAGCGUCAGACCAUGAGUACCGAGUUUCAUGAGCGAUUAAGCAAGAUCGAUAAACUGAAGAGCAGGUACGAGAUCAUCACUAUUGUCAUGAUGCCGCCGGAAGGAGAGGAGGAUAAAAGUCAGGUCUAUUACGUCAUCAAGUCUGCUCAGGAAAAGGAGGAUCUGCAGCGCGAAGGGGAUGCUUUGGAUGCCAAGGUCCAGCAAACCGAAAAGGAGUGUGCUGCCCUGAAAAAUACCCUGCACGUGCUUAAUAAUUGCAACAGCAACUACCGAAACUCGCUGAAAAAAGUCAUGGAGACCAGUGAAGAAUACGAAGAAAAGCUGCAACUGGAAAAAGAGAAAAGAGCUGCGGAUGAGAAAUACAGAUACAAGCGAAGGCAGAUCAAGGAGCUCCAAGAAGAUAUCCAGGCGAUGCAAAAUACCCUUGAUAACCUUCUGAAAGAGGAAGUUCUCUGCCAAGAAAAAAGCAAGGAGAAAAAUGCGCUCAUUUUACAACUGACCAAAGACAUAGACAACCAGAACCCUAAGCGGGAACGAGUUGCAAAGCAGGUUUCCCGGUUGUCCAGAGACCUCCGCACACUAAAGAAUACCAGCUCAGCAACACUGGAAGAACAAGAUAUUGAAUUUCGCGAACUGAAAGACUUCAGCAAAUCUGUGGAUAAAAUGCUGAUUGAUAUUUCUGACGCAAGUCCAGAGUUAAGCACAGUCUUACAGACCUAUUUUGAUCAGGCUGAUUUAAUGCUUCCUGUAGCUUCUGGCCAUCUUAGUUCUCAAUCAUCUCGACGCAGCUCAUCAUCCUCGAUCAUGUCCCCAAAGAGCUCUGCUUCAUCUUCUAGUCAAUCACACCUUAAAGUUGUCUCUUUGACUUUACCCCCGACUUCUGCCCUUUCUUCGCGCCCUUCAACCCAUAGCAGCGGCUCCAGCACUUCUCAUAGCAAGACUCCAAAGUAGUGUUGCAUAGUAAGGAAUAUGUUAUAGUUUUAAGAGAUUAGGAGUUAGAGCAUGUGCUUUGUUUAGAAAUGUUUACAUUAAGCAGCGAUACAUUUUAUCUGUGUAGAGCCGCACCAACCUUAGGUUAUGUUCAACAAACUAUGUAAAGAUUUAGUAAAGGUCUUAAAUGAGAAAGCUGAAGAAACCAAAUUAUUGCAGCUGCAUUAAAAAAACCAGCACUUUAAAGA